AUGAAAACAACAAUCAGCACAUUCCUCCUUUGCGGACUGGCUGCGGCAGCCACGCAGCCCAAUAUCCUAUUUAUUCUUACCGAUGAUCAAGAUAAAUACAUGGGGAGUAUGGACUAUAUGCCUCAUCUGCAGAAAAAAAUUGUCCAAAAAGGAACCAACUACGAAAAGCAUUUCUGCUCGACUGCUCUCUGCUGUCCAUCCCGGGCAAACAUCUGGACUGGUCGCAUGCCGCACAACACCAACGUGACGGAUGUCGGUCUGCCGUAUGGUGGAUACCCGAAGUUUGUGUCUGCAGGAUGGAACGACAAUUACCUCCCGCUUUGGAUGCAAGACGCUGGGUACAACACGUAUUAUGUUGGCAAGUUGUGGAAUGCGUUUACUACUGAAACGUACAACAAUCCACCUCCGAGAGGCUUUAACGGAUCGGAUAUCCUCGUUGAUCCAUGGACAUAUCAGUACUACCUACCGCGAUUUACGCGCAAUGGUGGUAAGCCGGUUGCUUAUGAUGGGCAGUACAGCACGGAUGUGAUUAGAAACAAGUCACUAGGAUUCAUUGAUGAGGCUGUGUCUCACAAACAACCCUGGAUGUUGACUGUCGCACCGAAUGCACCGCAUGCAAACGGCUCUACCAACCCUGCCAAAGAUAUAAACUGGUUCGGUGAAGCUGAGUACCCAUCCAAAUACGAGAGUCUGUUUAAAAACUACAAAAUCCCCCGAGAUGCCAGUUUCAACAAUCUCAUUGAGGGAGCUGUUAGCUGGACUGCGGAAUUGCCCAAGCUGAACCAAACUGAAAUUGACUACAACGAUGAAUUCCAGAGAAAGCGAUUGCGAGCUCUUCAAGGUGUUGAUGAGUUGAUUGACAGUCUUAUCACGAAGCUGGAUACUGCUGGUGUGCUGGACAACACGUAUAUUUUCUUUGCUGCAGAUAAUGGUUAUCACAUUUCGCAACAUCGGAUGAGGCCCGGCAAGAACUGCGGUUUUGACACCGAUAUCAAUGUCCCGUUGGCAAUCCGUGGUCCUGGUAUCCCCGAGAACCAGACUUUGAGUCUUGUCACUAGUCAUACUGAUCUCGCCCCUACUUUCCUGUCCAUUGCUGGUGCAACCAAAGAUGGCUUGGAUGGUAAGAAGAUUCCAUGGACUGCGGAUGAAGAUCCGAAGACAAGAACUGAGCAUGCUGCUAUUGAAUACUGGAGUAGUGCCAUUGCCGAAGGUAAAUAUGGCUGGUACAGCAAUGACAUCGCCGGCAAUGGAAGAUCAUGGGGUAACAACACCUACAAGGGAGUGAGAUUGGUGGCAGAUGAUUAUGCUCUCUAUUACUCAGUUUGGUGUACCAACGAGAAGGAAUUCUACAACACAAAGGCCGAUCCUGCCCAAACCAUCAACCUGGCGGCCAACACCGCAAAGCACGCAGACUACAAAAUUGCAAAUAGGGGAUUGGACCAGAUCAUUCCCCGUCUUGAUGCUCUCAUGAUGGUCCUCAAAUCUUGCACAGGAGAUGCAUGCCGCGACCCAUGGAAGCAGUUACACCCUGGUGGAAAGGUUCAAAGCUUGCCGGAUGCUCUUGAUGCCAGUUUUGAUGGGUUCUACUCGAGACAGCCCAAGGUGUCGUUUUCCUCGUGCGAGCCUGGUUAUCUCAUUUCCCGUGAAGGACCUCAGAAGUAUAACGUCUAUGGAGGUGGAACUGGGGGUGGUAAGAGUACAAGUGGUGGAAAGAGACGCAGUUGGUUUGGCUGGUGGUAA